CCCCGAGGCGGCUGUACGUCCACCCUCUCUCGCGCGCGGAGUGCGCGGGUGGGCUCGAGGCUGGAAGCGCGUCCGGCGGUGACGUGGUGGAGCUCCUGGACGCUAGCGAUGGAGAGCGCGCUGGCGGUGCCGCGGCUGCCGCCGCACGACCCGGGGACACCGGCGCUGUCGGUGGUGGACAUGCACACGGGCGGCGAGCCCUUGCGCAUCGUGCUGGCGGGGUGUCCGGAAGUGGUCGGCCCCACACUACUGGCCAAGCGGCGCUACAUGCGCCAGCACCUUGACCACCUGCGACGACGGCUCAUGUUCGAGCCACGCGGGCACCGGGACAUGUACGGGGCUGUGUUGGUGCCUAGCGAGUUGCCGGAUGCGCACCUGGGCGUCCUGUUCCUGCAUAACGAGGGCUACAGCUCCAUGUGCGGCCACGCAGUGCUGGCGCUGGGCCGCUUCGCCGUCGACUUCGGGCUGGUCCCCGCGCCCCCGGCCGCUGCCCGCGAGGCCCGCGUCAACAUCCACUGCCCGUGCGGGCUGGUGGCCGCCUUCGUGGAAUGCGAGGGCGGCCGCAGUCGCGGCCCUGUGCGCUUCCACAGCGUCCCGGCCUUCGCGCUGGCCACAGAUCUCUUAGUGGAUGUUCCUGGUCGUGGAAAGAUGGUGGUAGACAUUGCAUAUGGUGGGGCGUUUUAUGCAUUUGUUAGUGCUGAAAAGGUAGGACUUGAUGUUUGUUCUGCAAAGACAAGGGACCUUGUGGAUGCAGCAAGUGCAGUGACGGAAGCAGUCAAAGCUCAGUUUAAAAUUAAUCAUCCUGAGAGUGAAGACCUUUCCUUUCUGUAUGGAACUAUAUUAACAGAUGGAAAAGACACUUACAGUGAGGAACCAACCACCAACAUCUGUGUGUUUGCAGAUGAACAGGUUGACAGAAGUCCUACUGGAUCAGGAGUGACAGCUCGAAUUGCCUUACAGUAUCACAAAGGGCUUCUAGAACUGAACCAGACCAGAGCCUUUAAAAGUAGUGCAACUGGCUCAGUAUUCACAGGGAAGGCUGUCAGGGAAGCAAAAUGUGGGGAUUUUAAAGCUGUUAUAGUGGAAGUAUCUGGGCAAGCCCAUUAUACAGGUACAGCAAGUUUUAUAGUGGAAAAUGAUGACCCACUGAGGGAUGGAUUCCUUCUCAAGUGACUUCUGUGACCUUUCAGCACUCUUUCUGAAUUAUAUGGAAAAUGAUAUCCA